CGCGCGGCCGCAGCGCACUGGACCAGCGGCAGAGACCCAGGACGUGGAGCGCAGACUGCGGCGGCGGCGGCGGCCGGGAGCCGCUGGGAGCUGGGGCGCAGCGUGCGGUCUGUGAUGAGGGGCUGCGGCGGCGCGCCGGGCGCAGGGCCGGCUGUGUGGCCUCUUCCUGUCUGAUACUGGAAGAGGCAACCUGAUGGUCCUCUGACAACUAUUCACCUCAACACUAAGGAAGCAGAUGGCAAUGUCACAGACACAGGAUUAUGAAUGCAGAAGCCAUCAUGUCGAUGAGCAGGAGCCCAGGAUUCCAGGAUCAAGCACCAGGUUGGAGUGGGUGGAGAUCAUCGAACCACGCACCCGAGAACGAAUGUAUGCCAACCUGGUCACCGGGGAGUGUGUAUGGGACCCGCCAGCCGGCGUGCGAAUCAAGCGCACUAGCGAGGACCAGUGGUGGGAGCUCUUUGACCCCAAUACAUCGCGCUUCUACUACUACAGUGCUGCCUCGCAGCGCACGGUGUGGCAUCGCCCACAGAACUGCGACAUCAUCCCUCUGGCUAAACUGCAGACGCUGAAGCAGAACACCGAGUCUCCGCGAGCCUCUGCGGACAGCAGCCCAGGAAGGGGUAGCCGCGAUGGUAGCACUGGCUCGUCACUGGAGCCAGAGCCUGAGGAAAGGGCACAAGAACUGCCAGUUCGCAGCGGGCGGGCGACAACCUUGGUCUCUUCGAAGGAGGAAGGUAGCAGUUGUUCACCACCAGGCGUGCUCCUGGAGAAGGACUAUGAGGUUUACCGGGAUUACAGUGCUGACGGCCAGCUCCUUCACUACAGGACCUCCUCACUGCGGUGGAACUCUGGUAACAAGGAACGCAUGCUCAUCAAGGUUGCUGACCGUGAACCCAGCUUCCUCACUCCCCAAGGCAAUGGCUAUCCCUCAGACAGCCAGGUGGGAGGGCAUCACCGCAGACCCUCUGGCAGCCAGCACUCACCUAGCCUGCAGACCUUUGUCCCUGACACUGAUGGCACUGUCUUCUUUCCGGAGAGGCGGCCCUCACCCUUCCUCAGGAGGGCUGAGCUCUCUGGAAACUGUUCUCCACUGUUGAUGCAGCCCCGAAAGCCCUCCAGUGACUCACAGCCCUCCUCCCCACGCUAUGGAUAUGAGCCCCCACUCUAUGAGGAGCCUCCAGUGGAAUACCAAGCCCCCAUUUAUGAUGAGCCCCCCAUGGAUGUACAGUUUGAGGCCAACAGCCCCUACCAGACUGGCUCACCACAGAGGUCACCAGGCCGAAAGCCCCACCCAUUCCUGCAAACUACUAAGCAGACCCCGACAUCACCUUGCCAACAGCUGAUGCGCACCAAGCAGAAGUGCCCAGAGCGCUUUCUGAGCCUGGAAUAUAGCCCUGUGGGCAAGGAGUAUGUGCGGCAGCUGGUGUAUGUGGAGCAGGCAGGUUCCAGCCCCAAGCUUAGAGCUGGGCCCAGACACAAGUAUGCACCCAACCCAGGUGGUGGCACGUACUCCCUGCAGCCCAGCCCCUGCUUACUGAGAGACCAGCGCCUGGGGGUCAGGUCUGGAGACUAUAGCACCAUGGAAGGGCCCGAGUCACGCCCAAGCCAACCACCUACACCACUGCCCCAAGCCCAGGAGGAUGCCAUGUCCUGGUCCAGUCAGCAGGACACCAUGUCUUCCACAGGUUACUCCCCAGGCACUCGUAAGAGGAAGAAUAGAAAGCCCUCUCUGUGCCAAGUCCCUAGUACCUCAUCCACUGAUGGUCCUGGGGACCUUCUAGAAGAGCAGCCUCUGGCUGAAGAGCAUUCUCCAUGCAGGUCCAGCCUUACGCCAAUAAAGGCUGAGGCAGACCUAGUACGAGGCACACCUGAGCCCUUCCUGGCACAGGCCCGACUGGCCUGGGAGGCACAACAAGCCCACUUCCACAUGAAGCAGAGGGGCAGCUGGGACUCCCAGCAAGAUGGCUCAGGGUAUGAAAGUGAUGGCGCUGUUCCACUGCCCAUGCCUGGGCCUGUGGUACGAGCAUUCAGUGAGGAUGAGGCAUUGGCACAACAAGACAACAAGCAUUGGAAGCGGAGCACCUUUGAAAAACUUGGCUUCCCCCAGAUCCUUCUGGAGAAGAGCAUCUCUGUGCAGACCAACCUGGCCUCGCCGGAGCCUUACCUCCACCCCUCACAGUCUGAGGACCUUGGUGCCUGCGCACAGUUUGAGAGCAGCCGGCAGAACCGCAAUGCAGUACCCAGCUCCAGCUGUGUCUUCCCCACCUUCACACUGCGUAAGCCCUCCUCAGAGACAGACAUCGAGAACUGGGCCUCCAAGCACUUCAACAAGCACACCCAGGGUCUCUUCCGGCGAAAGGUGUCCAUAGCCAACAUGUUGGCCUGGAGCAGUGAAUCCAUCAAGAAGCCCAUGAUUGUGACCAGUGACCGGCAUGUGAAGAAAGAGGCCUGUGAAAUCUUCAAGUUAAUCCAAAUGUACAUGGGUGACAGGCGAGCCAAGGCAGAUCCACUGCAUGUGGCCCUGGAGAUUGCCACCAAAGGCUGGAGUGCACAGGGCCUACGGGAUGAGCUGUACAUCCAGCUAUGCCGGCAAACCACAGAGAACUUCCGCCUGGAGAGCCUGGCCCGUGGCUGGGAGCUCAUGGCCAUCUGCCUGGCCUUCUUCCCACCUACCCCCAAGUUCCACUCCUACCUGGAGGGCUAUAUCUACCGGCAUAUGGACCCCGUUAAUGACACCAAAGUGACCCAGCACAUAAAAGAGCUUCUGGAAAGGAACAGUAAGAAGAAGUCCAAACUGAGAAAGAAAGCCAAGCCUUAUGUUGAAGAGCCAGAUGGUAGGGCCUCUGCAGCCUGGGCGCUGCCUCUGCACCGCUCUGCUUCCAUCAUGGCCGCCUGGCCCUCUCUCUAACCGCUUCUGGGCUGGGGGAGGGACACUAACCUCAGGCUUGGGGCCUCCCAAGCAAGCAAAAACUGGAGGUCUAGGGUGCCAAAAUGACCCUAGAGAAAUGGUGCAUGCCCUGCACCUCUUCUGGCAGUACCCAGGACAAUCCACAACUUGCUUCUUGGUGGACUAACCUGUGAAGGCCUGGAGUCAGCCCCCAGGUGAGUGAGUGGGCCUGACGCUGGGGUGAGGCUCACAGGUGGAGCUGGUUGUCUUGGGGCAGGGGAGCCCACCCUAGUAUAGUUAGGGGAUCUUCCCUCUCCCACGGUGGCCCCAGCAAAGCCUUCUGCAGUUCAGGGUUCCUCUGCCUUCUUCCACCAGCAGCCUUCUUUGUCUUCCCCUGAGCCCUGUCUCAGGACUGUCUGCUGCGCUGAACUCCAGGCAAGGCUGUGAUCUCGCUACCUAGAGCUCUCAAUUCAGCACCGCCACUCCUUCACAAGGCCUCAGCUCUGGCCCUCCUGCACCAGCUUUGUAUAGAGCUGCUUCCAUCAGGCCGUGGUUCACAGUAUUUGAAUCCCCGGUCUCCUGUUCUUUGCUCUGCCUGUUGUGUGCCACCCACUGAACCCAGGGACAAGGCUGGGGAGCUUUCUGUAGAUGAGGUCUGUUUCAAACAAACUGAGCCAGCAGGAAGCUUCAAAGCAUGGUGGGCCUUGCAGGCUAGGCCAGGAUGACAUCUAUAGGACUGGAAGUUUGUCCUUGCUCAGGGCCUCCCAGGCUGCCCUAGCUCAGACUGCUCAUGGGGACAGUAGUAGAAAGAGACCCUGCUUGCCUAACCACCGGAGGCAUGGAGCUGCAUGUACACCAACUGUCUGUGAGUUGUGGCCACAAGGUAGGGGUCGAGUGUGGAACUUGAAGCAGAACUGGGCAGAGCCCUGGAGCUCAGACUGUCAGGUAGAGAAUCCGGGAGCAUUCAUUCCCAGGACCAUGCAGAGUAAGCAGCAGCAGACACAACAAACCUCGGGUACACCCAGCUGUUUUUGAGGCUUACAGCCUGCCCAGAUUCCUGCUACAAUAGUAAAAACUCUGGAAUGCCGCUCAUCUAGGGCUAUGGUGAGCCAUCCAUCACACAGAACUGUUCCCUGCAUCCUGGUGGGGUUCUGGCCAAGGUCCAACAAGGCUAGAUUGACCUCCUCUUGCAAGUGAAGGUCUGUGGAGUGGCAAUGGCACUGUGUGAUCCACUCUAGACACUUAGCAGGAGCUGAAAUCACUGCAGCUCCCUAGACUCCAGGCCACAUGUGGCCCCAGCCUCAGGCCUAGGCUAGCAGCCACCGCAGCAGCAGCUGUCUGCUUUCCGCUGGCUACUAGGCUUCCAGCACAGCCAUUCUCAGGCCUCCGCGAGACAGGCGUUAUCUCCGUCUCUGUCCUACAGAAAAACUGAAGCACAGUUUUUCCUACCUACUGCCAGCUGAGAGGUGAUUGGAGUAGGGUUUGCUCUGGUCCUGAGUGAGCAUCAGAUGAAGCAGCACUGGGUGGGCAGAACAGGAGGCAACAGGCUGAAGUCCGUCCGUUCCAUUGCUCUCAGACCCCAUCUGCUGAGCUGAGCCAGGGCAGUGAAAAGCACUUAAGCGCUCUCCAUCCUUAUAAAAUAAGGCAGCCUCAUGGCAAUCAUGAAGGGCAGAUGGCCUGAGGGAGAAGCUCUAGUGCUCUCUAGGUGGCUGAGGACAAAAACCACGGUGGUCUGCCGGAGUCUGUGGAUCACUUGGGACCUGGGGCAGAUUGUCCAAAACUUAAAUGUCGGAGAGCUUUAUAUUAUUUUGGUUAGAAAAGAACCAUUUUACAUAUGUGAAUAAAACUUGUGAUAAAGGUUCUCAUGGGCCAUAAUAUACUUGUGUAAUGAGUAUACUUAUAUAAUUAUAUAUAAUAACUAUAUGUAUAUAUCUCAUAUAUGUGUGUGUUCUAUAUGACACACACAUGUAUAUAAAGUUGGGGAUCUAAGGACCUCUCCAAGGCCUCAGAUGUCCAUAAGGAACUGUCUCCUUUCAAAGGCAAAGGUACUCCCAAUCACAGACUUCACAGCUGCGGGUAGUAGAGGCAGAACCUUCCAGGGAAGGGUUGUCCAUUUUCCAGAAGCACACAGCUAGUGUCUGUCCAUGACACUUCUUGGCAUGUUCUUUCAUCUGCCACCAUCCUUAUUUGCUGGGACAGGUUGGAGACACUUGACACCUACCAACACUCCAGUGUCCAUGCCUAGCUCUGCUGCAAGGCAUGAAUUCCAGAAAGCUCCCUACCUUGAGAGAGGAGGCCAGGCCUUCAGCCCUGUCAUUAUCUUACCCGCUGGUUAAAUAGAGCGCUGGCACAGAGCACUGGCAUCUUCUGCAAGCUGUCUUUCACUAAGAGCCAAACUUUGGCCACUCUCUCUCUCUCCCUGACACUCUGCUCCUAACUUCACUCCCUCCCUAAGGACGCCAGAGCUGCUGGAGAACUGCCUUUGCCCCAGUGCUGACCAAAGGCACCAAAUGCUUCAUCCAGAAGCCUCUUCCUCUGGGACCAGGGAAAACCAAAGGUCUUGCUAGGGUCACCUAAGGAGGAAAGGAAGUGGCGUUUGAAAGCCUGGGACCCAGGCUGUGCUCUUUGUUCCCCUGUUCUUCCUAGGUGGAUAUAGGAAGGCUGGCAGAGGGAUUUCUCCUACCCUAGCUUCUAGAGAUGGGGGGUGUGGUGUCUCUUGCCUCUCCUCUUGGGUCUCUGCUCUAAAGGACUGCCU